AUGGAUUCAGACAAAAAUAUGAACCACGAGGUCACCGACUUUGCCUCUUCUAGUGGCUCUAAUACCCAUGAUCCCGACUCGCCAAACCGUGACCGAUCGUUUACUCCGAUUCCUCUGAGACAGAAAACACAUACCUCCAUGGAGCUCGAUGACUUCUUCAAAGGUCCACGAGACAUGUAUCACCAUUCCAAGGUGCCUUAUUUUCUUCGACUACACGGCAGUGUUGUGCCCAAACUCAUAGUUCCCCUCUCAUUCGUCGCCAUCUAUGCAACCGCAAUCACCUGUAUCGAUCGCCUGUACCAUCCUAUUGGCAUCAACCCAGUCCUCCUCACCGUCACUGGUUUCGUGGUCGGUUUAGCCCUGUCGUUUCGUUCUACCACCGCCUACGAAAGGUAUAGCGAAGGAAGGAAGUACUGGUCUCAGUUGCAUAUGACUGGCCGCAAUCUGGCCCGGCUUAUUUGGAUCCAUAUCCCAGAAAGACAUGAAGAGGACCGAGCCCUGGGUAAGGCUGAUGUCCUUGCCAAGUUGACGGCUAUGAACCUCAUCAAUGCCUUUGCUGUUUCGCUGAAACACCGACUUCGAUUUGAACCUGCGGCGAAUUACCCCGAUCUGGCACCGCUGAUUGGGAGCAUUCGUACCCUCGCCCAAGAAGCUGAUCAAUCUGCCCUGAAACCAAGGGAACCCUCGUCAUGGAAAGCCGCUUCGGAGUACCUUGAUAUCCCAUUGGGACUGUCGAACCCGCGCAAGAUUAUUAAACAGAGCAAAGAUAACUUGGGCAAUAUCCCGCUCGAGACUCUCGGUUACCUGUCCGCCUACGUCGAGGAAACCAUUCAAAACGGACAACUCAAGACUGGGGCCCACCAAACUCAAGUCAUGAACGCUCUCGCGGCCUUCGGCGACAUCUUGAGCGGCACUGAAAGAAUUCUCAACACACCUGUCCCCCUAGCCUACUCCAUUUCUAUCAGUCAAAUCACCUGGGCGUAUAUCUUGGUGCUCCCCUUCCAACUGCUCAAGAACCUCGAGUGGGUCACCAUCUUCGGCACUAUGCUCGGUGCAUACAUCGUUCUUGGCCUGGCUGCUAUUGGAUACGAGAUUGAAAAUCCGUUUGGCACCGAUGUCAACGAUCUCCCAUUGGACAGCUACUGCCGCGAACUCGCAGCCGAUAUCGAUGUGCUGACAUCGCUUCCUCCUCCAAGCACUCAGAGAUUUAUUGAAUCCGAGGCUAACAAAGUUCUGUACCCGCUCAGCGAUGGCGGCUAUGCUAGCUGGGGCCAAAGAUCUGUCGCCGAUAUCCGCCGGGCAUUGCGAUCCAAGGCAACCACCAGUGCAAUGAGCGUCGAGAUUGACCGGGCUGUGGCUCAGAUCGAAAGUACCGAGGCUGCAAGGCAAGCUGCCCAAAAGCAAGAGCAACAACAUAAUGAGCCAAAGCAAGAACGGUCCUUCCACUCAGCUAACGCCGGUGAUGCGGUUUAG